GCAGUUUUUGGCGUUCGGGGUUCGGGUACAGUUCGGGGCGUGUAGGUGCUGCAGUUGUUUGACUUCAAAAUUUCGUUCAUAUGGCAUCGUAAAUUUCUAUUAUAUCCUUACUAACGAUUUUAUGGGCUACUGCCCAACUUAGCCAUGACUUGACCUCGGAACGUUGCUGCGAAGAAGCAAUCGAAAUGAACCUACUCGAGCCCGCUGGACACGAUGACGGAGGAGCCAUACCGGAUUCGGGCACAACCGUCUGCCCACCGAAAGCUGCCAGGGCCAUCAGGUUCUUUUGUUGUUUCUGCCGCUUCACCACCAGAGAUCAGCGUGGAAUGAUCGGCCACCUGGUUCAUCAUGCCGAUCAUCGUCCGUCCAAGUGCCAGCACCAUCCAAGGUCUGUUGUCGGUCUGGAGGAGUUGAGAAGAAGCCACACGAAGGGUCGCACGGAGGGCGCUCCCUUCGGGUGUCAGCUGUGUUCGAGGACGUACCGCAAGAGCUCCGACCUGCUCUUUCACAUGCGAGAGCACGUCGCAGAAAACCCCUACAAGUGCCGGCUCUGUCCCAAGCUGUUUGCUUCGGAGUCCCGACUGUCCCUCCACAUUGAAACGCACACGAGCAACGAACGGUUUAAAUGUGACAGUUGCCCGAAGGUUUUUCUCAAAAGGUACCUCUACGUGAGGCACAUGGGUACGCACGCGGGAGGGAAGCCUUACAAGUGUGAGUGGUGCCCCAAAGACUUUGCCGACGGAGACAGCCUGAUCACCCACGUGCGGACGCAUACGGGUGAGAAACCUUACAGGUGCGAGCAGUGCCCCAAGGCCUUUGCCAGCAGCUCCAGUCUGGUCGUCCACACCCGAAUGCACACGGGGGAGAGACCUUACAGGUGCGAGCAGUGUUCCAAGGCCUUCUCCUGGAGCAGCAGUCUGGCCAAUCACCUUCGAACGCACUCGGGAAAGAAGCCUUACAAGUGCAAACUGUGCCCCAAGACCUUCACCUGGAGGGCGUCUCUGACCAGUCACGUCCUGACGCACAUGGGCAAGAAGCCUCACAAAUGCCCGCACUGUCCCAAGGCCUACAGUAGGGAGGGCAACCUUGCCAGCCACAUGCACACACACGCGAACAUGGAGCUUGCCAUGCGUUGGCAGAGUGUGUGAAGCCCUUCUUCAGGGCACUGUGCGUGUUUGGGGACGUCCGAAGGUGUUCAGGGAGCAAAGAAGGAUCUAAGACACCCAGUUCUCUAGCCCCACGUCGGACCUCAUAGCAGACCUUUUUCAAUUCUUUUAACUUAGUAGGACCGGUUCUGUGUUUGAACGAGAACUGAGCAGCCUAGUAUAUAUGCUUGGUUUGUGUUCCACUGUGUGUGAACUACGACAUUUUUUUAGAGCGUAGCUCUUGGGCGCCCGUUUCCACAUAUAGCGGCGUCGCCAUCAGCGUAAUUGCGCACAAUGCAUUAUGGGACGUCGCAGACCUAUACACCAGUUCAAUUCCCCGCUAAAUUUAGCGAGGAAACUGAAUUGGUGUGUAGGUUUGUGAUAUCCCAUAAUGCAGCACUGCGCAUUCAGUUUCCCCGCUAAAUUUAGCAGCGAAACUGACGUCGCAUGACCUCAACACGAAUUUAGUUUCUCCGCUAAGUUCAGCGGGGAAUUGAAUUGGUGUUGAGGUCAUGUGGCGUCAGUUUUCCCGCUACAUUUUGCGGAGAAACCGACUUUGUGUAUAAUUCACAUGACAUGAAGUCAUGCGACAUCAUUUUCCCCGCUAAAUUUAAGGGAGAAACUGAAUUUGUGUUCAGGUCACAUGAUGUCAGUUUUUCCACGAAAUCUAGCAGAGAAACUGAAUCCGUUCAUAGGUGACAUGACACAAAGUUGAGUGAUGCCAUUUUCCUCGCUAGAUUUAGCGGGGAAACUGUGACGCCUUGUGACAUUGCAGGCCACGGCUUCACGAGAGUAGCUUCACAAAGUCCAGAGCAACUAGGCAAAAACGUUUCACGUUGAAACGAACACCGCAUGCGUUGCACUAUGGGGCUGACAACAUACCCUCCUCAUCCUCCUUGGCCUACCCUCAAACAAAAAAAACAAAAAAAUCAAAUAUAUAUAUACCUUAAAAUAUUGGGGGAGUGCCCACUCCACUUUCACUGAAAACUGGAUCAAUCUAAACAUGGGCACUUGUCCGAUCAAAUUGGGCGCUUAACGUGUAAUUUGCAGAAUUCCCAAGUUUGGAACGCAUUCAUAAUGGGUGCUUGAAUGACGAGGGUUCCUCCGCGGUAUUUUACGGUAUAUGUAUAUAUAGGUAUAUAUUUCUCCCAAAUUCUCUGCCACAAUAUAUCACAAAAUCCACGUGCCUCAAGAGCUGCGCUCUAAUUUCGCAUUACGGAGAAGCGUAAACGUCUGUAAAUUUUUAAGUUGUCUUCUUGAAUAUUUUCCUCUUUAUAUCUCGAACCAACAAAGCUAUCCGGUUUCCACAAAGUGUAUGGUUUGGUAGUUUAUGAUGUGAUCCACAGUUUUAAAAGGUUGAAAGAAAAACGCUGCUUCCCCUUUUAAAAAGAAAUAUUGGAACUACUUUCCCCACUCGCCAAGCCUGCGGAACGAGGCCACUGUUUAAGGAGCAAGGGAAUGUAUAACUGACAGCAAUGUGUUAGGGAAUGUUUUAACAUUUUAAGAAAGCUUUAUAAAGUCUAUUAUGUUGGCAGCACCAGAAAUAGUCUGGGUUCCAAGUAAGUAUUACGUUGCACUCUUAUCUAGGCUUUUCUUAUUUGUGUAGAAGAAAAGUAGGGUGGAUAAUUAAUGCUGGAUAGAAAUGUGGCCUUUAUUUGGCCAUUUUCUUGUGUGGUAGCAGCACUCUGGACCUUAUCGACGCUGUUUAAUUUAUUUCUUUUUCCCAGCUGUGGCAAACAUUGGUCUGCUCAAGCGACUAAUCCCCCUCCAGCUAAUCGAUUGUGCUAACGAUUGUUCGACGAAUCAGUUAACCUCGGCUUUUCAGCAUGCAAAGGAAUGACCUGUACGAAUUCGUGCUACCACGCUAUACUUCGUUUCACCUUACGAAGGACCGCAGCGGGCACUACGAGUAGUCGCAGCCAAUUUGACGCUAAAAAAUUUCCGUGACUGCGCACCUCGCACGUCGUCGUGCCCUUCCCGAACGUCACACGAUACUUGCAAAUCGUUGGAUUGGUUUAGAUUGCUUGAAGUGUCCUGCACCGUCUAUCGUUGAAACCUAUGGAGCGUGUUAAGGCCCCAGAUUAGAUUAGCACUUGUGCUGCACUGCUCUGUACAACUCGGCAAUAGACCCUUUUCAAAAUGUGCGCGUCAUCCAGAAGCUGCUGUGCCAAUCAUCAGUGUCUGCCAUUGUUUGGGUGAAUACUCUGAGCAUGUAUUGGACACGAGGGCUGGGUUGGUGUUUGGCGUGAGCUCGGCCGAGCUCGUAUCGAAAACGACUGUUGCGUCAGCGUUUGGAUGAAGGCUCAAGUCCAGUCGCACGCUUCGUGCCCAAGAAAUGUUGACUGCCAGUGUUGCUUGAUGGGGCUUUUGAAAGGAGUCUAUUGCUGGCCUAUUCUGCUGCUGCAUCUCACAGUAGGCAUCAUGCUCGCACAAAAUUUAUUCCUGCGCAAAGUUACCACAGAUACUUGGUUGUGCAUGCGUCGGCGAAAGAAUGAAAGAAAGCCAAAUGUUUUGCCCGACGUUGUACUCGACACUUCCACCAGAGGUCAACAAGUGACAAAUGCCUCAACGUUUUUACAAAAAUGUUUGUCUUGGUUUUUCUUUUUGUAGUCAUGGGUCGAUCGAGUGUAUGUGUGUACUUAGCAUACAAGUAAAUCUGUAACAAGAAAUGAAAAGAAGAAAAACUGCCCCAGUCAGUUUUUAUAGUUUGCUUUACAAUAGUGGAUGUAAUUAGUGUUCUAAAGAAAGAACUUUGAAUUUAGGGCACCCAAGUAGCAGUGAUUUUAAUGGUCUCGAUGACAAUGUCAAAUACUCUGCACUGCAAUGCUAUAGUAUCCUAAAGUAUGAGUUUGCGUUGCUUUCUUACUUGAUCAAUACUAAAACCCAAAAACUGUGCAUAUUUACAUUUCUAGAAUAAAGCUGUUUUAGUAAAAGAAACAGUGGCUUCAUCAAUGUGGAAUUCUGUGAUUACCUUCAUGCCUGUUUGUUAUAGAUGAGAACUUGUGACAGUAUUUAGUCAAAUUCAUUUCAUUCUCAUUUUACUUCACUCUGGAUUUGCCCUUUGGUGCAGCAUGGCCUCAGUUGCUUCUGUUUCACCAAUCUCGGUCGUCACCUGAACCAACAAACACUCCUGGAUGCAUUAUUUAUUGCAAUGUUCUCUAAAAAUAUAUGCAUCCUGAUAUGUAA